CAACAUCCGGUCGUGACGUAAAGCCUGUGCUGGCGCGGCACGCGGGUGCUCCAUUAGGUGUCAGCAGAGCGGAAGGAAGCCUUCAAGGGAUUUGAUGCCAUGAUUGACAGCUGUAUGAGCCAGUCAGUGUGCUCGCAUUCAGUGGCACUGUUCGCAAUUGGUCGGAUGGGUGUUUGUGCAGGAGCCCUGCCACUGUGCAGACUCUGGCUCCGGAUGAUGUCACCUGCGCAAGAUGGCAGCAGCUGUAGCGGGGUAAGUGAAUACAUAUCAUCCAUCUUUAUAUACAGUCUGUGUUUUCAAUGAGAAAAGUGAACAUGAGUACAGAUUAUGACCAGUUAUUUUGCCCCAUAGUCACCAAAGUAAAUAUUGGACCCAGUUUCUACUAGCCACAUAUUUUCCAAACAUUCUAACACUAGAAUGGCAUUUUUCCGAAAGACAAAUUAGGAGGAAAUUAAGUUUGUUCGGGACAUGUGUCUGUCUCAGCAGCACACUCUCGUGAGAUCUGGUGAAACAGAAUCUCUUUUCUCUUUUGGUGCUGAACCGUCAGUCCAGUUUCACUGCAGUGCUGCCGAUGUUGCUUGCCAACUGAAUACACAGAAAUUUGAAUAGACUUAUAUGUGAAACUAUGAUUCAAAAGUGAAGACCGAAAUAAAACUUGUGUUUCUUUAGUUAAUAAAACUAUUAUUGUUAUUAUUUAACUGUUUUUGGAGGGGGGAAAGAGAACGUUAUUAGACUGAUAUGGUCUUGUCCUGGGUUGAUAUCAGAUAUUAAGCUAGCAGAUAAAAGACAAGCAGCAAAAUUAGGAGUAAACAUUAAAUCUGUACUGUAUGUAGUGUUGUAUUGUUUUGAAUCUGCUUUCAUCCAUCCACACACAACACUUCCAAACAAGGUGGGGGGAUAAGCAGGAGAGAAGACUGCACCUGCUUAGGGGACCAGUUUGCUGUAACUUAAGCUAGCUCAGGGGUGCUAGGUGAGCUAGCAGUAGAUGCACGCUUCCCUCUGUGCAGCGAUUCGGUUGCGGGGUGUAGAGAGAAAAUAGUUCCUAUAUGAAACUGCUCACAGCAAGGUCUGUUAAUUAUCUAAAGUAAGUGGGUUGUAAUUUCUGGAAAGAGACAUCGCUCUUAAAUUUUAAAAAAGUUUAGAGCCACCGGGAAAUUAUGCUGCAAGUAUUUAUUUUGCUGCAACAUUUCCCCGCAUUAUAAAAGUGUUCUGCUGCUUGAUGGGAAUCUGAUAACUCCACAACAUCAAGAUAUCACGUUUUACUCUCUCUUGACUCCAAGGGUCAGGUUAUCUGCAGAGCAGAUCUAAGGACAAACUCAUAAAGUAUUUAGCAGUUGAAUCAUAUCUCAUCACAUCUCCAAAACUGAGCCUGUCCAGCUUCACGGAAUUGCAGGUUGUUAACAUAUAAUUAUAUAACCCUGAGUGAAAUGUAUGAAACACCGGUAAAUGACAUUUGUCAUCACAGUUUGCAGAGUGUCCUACAAAUGUGCAGCACUAGCAUGAGUAGAAGUUAAAGAGCAACACAUUAAAUAAAAUUGCAUGUUUAAAUAUGACUAAACGUGAUUUGCACAGUUCUGUCAGUACUAUUCAUGAUGCACUUUCUGUUUAUAAACUAUAAAACUAAGAUUAUAAAUUGUGAUUACGAGCAGGACAUUCACUGUACAGUUGUUUGAGCUUUUACACCCAAAUGAGUUUUAUUAUGAACCAGAAAUGUAUUCACCUACCUGGAAAAUCACUCUGGUUACUAUCACUGUGUCCACAAACUCUUUCCUGUUCCUUAAAAUGAUGGCGCAGCUCCAAAUAAAUGUGUCUUACAUCUUACGGAGAUGUUUAUGCAGCCAAAAUACAAUUGUCUAAACUCUUUGAAAUAGCUUUAAAAAUUCAGUCAGUGUUAUACCAGUUAUUUGGAUAUUAGAAUAAACUGUGUUACUGUCCAGCUGUUAAAAUACAGACACUAAUAUGGUAGUCGUGUGGUUCAUAAAGAAUUUGUUUAGUCUUUUCCACCCAUUGACCAUUUCGUAUAGUUAUUGAUUUAUGUUUGAGAGUCAUAUUGAGAGCCAUAAACAUAACUGCACAUCUCACUGACCCUCCUGUUGCAACACAUGUGGAUAUUCUUUAGAUUUACGAGAAAAAUUGCAGGUGACACACACACAGACACACACUGGGAAACAAAUGCAGAGAUAGUGAGGAGGCAGCAUGACUUGUAAUUUGGUUGAUUGUUAUCCAGAUGAACUGAUAAGAGGAAGAUACGGCCGGGAAUAAAAGCAGGAAUUGUCACUUUUUCUUUCACACAAGCAGUGGUUUCCUCCUGUCUAAAACUUUGCCCUCUUUGGGAGCUCUCUUUCUUCUCCACACCCUUUACAGGUACAGUGCAGCCUACUUUUACUCUCAGUCAUUCUCUCUCUGAGGCUGAGGGGGAAAGAGAGGAGGGCAUUACACAAACCCUCAGUGUGGAAGGCACUCCGUAUCUCAGCACAUCAUGACUGGAUCUGUGCUCCUGAUCCUGGCAGCCCUUGUGGGAGCCUGCGCUCAGUUUACAGAUGCUGCCAGCACUAAUAUACAGAACAAUGAACCAUCAACAGAGGAGACAGAAAGUUACAUGCCGUUCCUCUGCUCACCACCGCCUGCCCCCUUAUCCCCAUCUUCAUCAGUUCACACUCUAAGACCUGUUGAUAUCUCAGCUGUUUACAUGUUGGGGAUUCCACUCUCACACAGGGAUCAAGCCUCCAGAGUGGUCAAUAGAGUAGCUGAGUUGCUGUCCAUGUUUAACCCUGAGGUGAUCACUCAACAUGUGGAUCAGCACUCAUUGCAGCGCAGAAGCUUGUUGGAAGAAGCUGAGGAGUUGUCUCUGUCCCUGUCACAUCAGGAGACAAACUGGAAGUUUGUGCUGCUGUUUGUUCCUGCAGAUUCACUGUGUGCCUGUUCACCACGUGUUGCUGCAGAUGUUAAAGCUACUGUGCAGGAAGUGGAAGCAGCUCUGCAGUUGUUGCAGAAAAGGUUGCAUCGGACCUUAGUUCACGUCGUAGUCUGGAGCACAAAUCAGCAGCGGGAUGAGUGUGAGUGUUUGAGAGAUGGAAGUAUAAACUGGAGGCUGCAGAAAGGAACUCUUCUGAAAACACUGCAGGACUUGCUAAGUGAAGUCUUAGACAACCCAAAGUGGCACAGCGAACGGGCAGACUUCACUGCUGUGCUGCAGUCUGCACCAGUCAUCCUUGAAGGCAUCUCAGAUUCUGAGAACACCGGCUCUGACCUGAACCAGCUAGCUGUUCAGCUGUGGACAAACCUGCUCCAGCCAUCGACGGGUGAGGCAGAGGUCAUGGACACCAGCGUCAUUACUAUUCCUUGCCCUACCCAGGAACGACCUUUCCUGCGAACGCAGAAAAAUUCCCCCAGUGACAGAGAGAGCAAAGUUUACAGCAAAGCCUCCACACUAACAGAUCCUGUUAUGGGUACUGAGAUACUUUGCACAGACCGCAGUCCAUCUCCCACUACUCCCACUUCAGUUCAUGAGCUCAGACCUGGAGAUAUCAAGGUGGUGGCAGCAGUAGGCGACUCUCUGACAGCAGCCAACGGUGUGGGCGCAAAGAUAGACAACCUUCUGUUAGUGGCAAAUGAGUACAGAGGACUGUCAUGGAGCAUUGGUGGUGAUGAAAACAUUACCACGGUGACCACUCUGCCAAACAUCCUGAAGGAGUUUAACUCCAAUGUGACCGGCUUCUCAACCGGAGUAGGUAACCAGAACUCUGCUAAAGCCUUCCUCAAUCAGGCUGUGGCCGGAGCCAAGACUGGUGAUAUGGUGCGACAGGUGCGCGUCCUAGUGGACAAAAUGAAAACUGAUCCGCGCAUCGAUUUCCACAGCGACUGGAAAGUCAUCACCAUGUUUAUUGGUGGCAAUGACAUAUGUGACUUCUGCACAGACAGCGCUGUUUUCUCACCCAGGAACGUGGUCGUGCGUAUCCGCCAAGCUCUGGACAUACUCCAUAGUGAAGUGCCUCGUGCCAUCGUCAAUCUGGUCGAGCUGUUAAACAUUGUACCGUUACGUGAUCUGCAUAAAGAUAAAAGUCUGGGCUGUCCCACCUGGUUUGUAAGUUUAGUUUGCCCCUGCAUACUGAAGCCUAAAGAUGGAUCUGCUGAAAUCCAGAAGGUCAAUGACUUCAACAGAGCCUAUCAGCGUGGCAUGAGAGCGCUGAUUGACUCUGGGCGGUAUGACACUCACCACAACUUCACUGUGGUGCUGCAGCCCUUCUUUAGGGAGGUUAUCCUCCCCACGUUGGAGGACGGCCGGCCUGAUCGCUCGUACUUCUCACCCGACUGUUUUCACCUCAGUCAGAGAGCUCACACUCUCAUGGCUCAGGCUCUUUGGAACAACAUGUUGGAGCCCGUGGGCAACAAGACUUUCACACAAAACUUCUCCAACGGCAUUGAUCUGAAGUGUCCUACUGAGGACAACCCAUUUUUCAGGACUGCUGUCAACAGCAACUACACCUUUCCAGGCCCUCCCCCAACUCCUGCUCCUGUCACAAAUUGGGGCAGUGACUUUUCCUGCAGUAACACAGCUCCAUCCAACUCUGUGCCCACUUCAGCUCACAGGUUACGACCAGCGGACAUCAAAGUGGUGGCUGCUGUGGGAGACUCUUUAACAGCUGGCUUUGGUGCUAAGGCAAAGAAUCUCCUGCAGCUAAGAACUGAGUACAGAGGGGUGGCAUGGAGCAUCGGAGGAGACAAAAAUCUUGAGACUGUCACAACACUACCCAACAUCCUUAAGAAGUUCAAUCCUCAAAUCAAAGGGUGGUCAAAGGGACAAGGGAAGUGGCAGACUGGAUUCAACAUGGCUGUGUCAGGAGCUAAAAUAGCAGGAAUACCUGGGCAGAUCCGACGCCUGAUUGAUACCAUUAGGAAUGACUCUAAGGUGGAUUUCGAGAAUGACUGGAAGCUGGUGACCCUCUUCAUUGGAGGCAACGACCUGUGUCAGUACUGCAAUGACCGGGUCACUCUGUCACCUCAGAACUACAGCCAUCAUAUGAUGACAAGCUUGGAUAUGCUUUAUAAAGAGGUUCCCAGGACAUUUGUCAACAUCUUGGAGAUCCUAGAAAUCGAAGGCCUUCGCAGGAUCAAAAGGGAUAGUCUCGGGUGCAAUGUGUUACAAAAGUUUGUCUGCCCGUGCAUGUUGUUGCCAGGAGAGGAUUCCCCAGAGCUGGCUGAAGUGAAACGGAUCAAUCGGGAACACCAGAUUGAGACAGAAAAACUGGCGUACGGAGGCCGCUAUGAUGGAAGAGAGGACUUUGCUGUGGUGGUGCAGCCUUUUUUUCAGAACACCAUUGUCCCUUUGAAUGUUGACGGCAAACCUGACGCCACCUACUUCUCUGAGGACUGUUUCCACUUCAGUGAACGGGGACAUGCUGACAUGGCUGUAGCUCUGUGGAACAACAUGUUGGAGCCAGUGGGUAAAAAACAGACGUACAACAAUUUCACAAAUGUCAGAAAUAACAUCAAGUGCCCCACUGAGGAGCAUCCUUACAUCUUCACAAAGGUGAACAGCCUCCCCAGUACGACUAUCACCACCACAGCACCCACAACCCACAGCACAGCUUCAACUCAGCGCUCCACAGCACCUACAACCCACAGCACAGCUUCAACUCAGCGCUCCACAGCACCCACGACUCAAAGCACAGCUUCAACUCAGCGCUCCACAGCACCCACGACUCAGGGCACAGCCCUGCCUCUCACCCCUGACUGUACGAACUACGUCCCAGCAUGGCUCACUGCUGUGCUCGCUGUAAUAGGUCUCCUGACUGGCUUGGCUGUCACCUGGCUCCUCCUCUUCUGCAGAGCCAAGAGAAGAAAGCAGGAGCUGAUGGCGAUAGUGGAGAUGAGGGCCAGUAAGUUUUAAAAUGCUACUUACUGUGUUUUUGCACCGAACUAUUCAAGGACCUCAACUGCAAAACAACUUUGCAAUAUCUAAAGUGAUUGUGGGUAUAAUAAGGCACGUUUUUUAUAUAAAAAAGACAUGACAAGAUAGUUCUGCUUGCUUCAAUAGAGAAGUUAAUUAUUAUCCUUGAACCACAUUAAAUAUCACACCAGUCUUCAUCUAUAGAAAGCAAUAAAUAAGACAAGAGGAUAACACUUCAGCCAAACAUCACUGAGGUGAAAGGUGUAUUUAAAUGCUGACUUAAUGAAGCAAUGCCGUCACCAACCACGACAAAUCACAGCAGAUUCCAUGUGCAAAAGUAAAGACUGAAACUACUGACUGGACAUUAACUUAUUACUGCUGUUAUAUAUUUAAUUUAACUAACAGGAUCUAAGAAUGGAGGGUGUCGUAUGCUGUACAGACUGUAAAGUCCCUUGAGGCAAAUUUGUGAAAUUGGUCUGUGAAAAUAAAAUUGACUUGAAGUAAAAAUGAAAAUGUAUUUGGCAGUACUGUCACACUUCUAGCCCGACCUGUCCAGGGUGUACCCCGCCUCUCACCCAGCGCCCCCCGAUGAAUGAAUGAAUGAAUGAAUGUCAGACUUUUAACCAGGAUUUUCAGAUUAAAGCUGUAGAGUACACUCUUGAUGAUGUAAUAAUGAUGAAGAUGUAAAUAUGAGUCUAUUGUAUGGCUGUUUUGUGCAUUUAUAAAUAAUUGUAAAGACAAUGUAAUUAAUUCUGUCUUAUUUUUUAUCAAUUUAAUGCCUUUGAUUUUAUUUAAUAAUUGUAAUAAAUAAUUUACAAUCAUGAACAUAAA